CUCAAGCUAAAUCAAGCUAGUAAUACACACCCAAUUCUCGAAUUCUCGUCCUUAAUUUUGUUCUUACGAUCCGCUUUGUGAACCGGAUCAUUUGUUGGAUUUAUUGUCCAUCAAAUUGGUGCUCUCAUUGAGAGUUCGAGAAUCAUACUCAGAAGAAAUCCUCCACAACGACGAUGGUGCAAACACGUAGCAACGCCAACGUAGGUACCAGAGUUCCCCAACAGGGGGAGGACAGCGCCACCGGAGGCCGGCACCCCCCCAUCACCACCGGGGAGGCUGAGGCCCUCAUUCAGAGGGUUGGGAUCACGGCCGAACAAUUCAAGGAGGUGCUGGCCGCACUUGCGCCCAACCGCGAGGUCGUGGUAGGAGAUGUGGCUGGGGGACCCACAGGCGGGAAGGCUGGACCUGCAGGCUCCCAAGGAAAAAAGAAGAAAGUGAGGCGGUCCCAGAAGAAGAAGGCGACCAAGCCUAAUGGGAAGGCUAUGAUGGCAGAUGCACUUUCCAGACUGGAAGAAGAGGACGAGUCGUUCUCCUUCGAGCGGAUGUCUGCUUUUGACCGUUUGGGAGACCCCAAGUCAAAGAAACCUCGGACCUCUGCGUUCAAACGGCUGCAGGACACUCGGUCAGCCCGAAAAGGCGACUUGAGAGACACGCUCAAGGAGAAGAAAGGGGAGUCCACAGCGACUUCCAAGGUCGGUUCUGAGGAGCGACGGAUGACAGUCGGGGAUAAGGGUGCAACCGAGCUGUGGAAAAUGUACGAACAACUGGAGAAGCGGCUGGAUGCCCAGAACCCCUAUCGCCAGGCGGUCUUCAGUGAGGUAACGCCCUUCUCCAGAAGGAUAAUGUCCUGCCCUCUCCCAGAUAAUUUCAAGACUCCCCAGAUCAAGGCGUACAACGGGACGACCGAUCCCCAAGACCACCUCGCUCGCUUCGGGGCCAACGUGGUCAUGUAUGCAUAUCCAGAAGAAAUCAAGUGUCGGUGCUUCCUGGCGACACUGGAGGGGCAGGCUUCCGGAGACAAAAGCUCCCCUUCUCGCAUUUGCUCAAUGUGAAGAUCCGGAAGGGGGAACAGCUCCGGGAGUUCAUUAAUAGGUGGGAGAAGGAGGCUAGGGAUGUCCAAGGGGCGGACGACCAAGCCCU